AAGCAAAUUCCUGUAAAGCGAAUAUAAAGGAAGACAGGAUUAUUGGCGAAGGGUUAAACUACUAACAGCAGCCACGGGUACGAAACCCUACGACUUGAAGCGCUUUAGGACAGUGAAGACGGAGAGAGCAAAAUGUGGCUUCAGAUCUCGUGGAUUCUCUUGAUGACUACAAUGUUGUUGUCAAAUGCUGAACUGCCGAGUGACAAUGACAAUGAAGAAGAGAACUCCAGUCCAAGGAGCAUGCCGGAUUUCUGGUUGUUUGGCGACAUUAAACUUACAGAUCAUCAAAAAGUUCUACUUGAUGUGCCUGAAGGUGCGAAGGAUAAAUUCGGUUUUCCACGAAAACCCCCAGCUGCCACACGAGAGAAAACCUUGCUGUGGGAUAAUGGAGUUAUACCGUAUGAGUUUGACUGCAGCUUGCAAAACAUGCCAGAACUGCAAAGAAUAAUCCGACUGGCUAUGAAUGACUGGGAAUCGAAAACCUGCAUCAAGUUUAUCGAAAGAACCAACGAGAAGGAUUACGUCAAUUUCUUUCGAGGAACUCAUUGUUACAGCACAGUAGGCAAGGCUCGAAAUGAACGCCGGGAAGUGUCUGUCGGAUUCGGGUGCGAGUACCAUCACGUGAUGGCACAUGAGCUUGGUCACGUGAUUGGAUUUUGGCACGAACAGAGCAGACCCGACAGAGACGAGUACGUGAAGAUAAUUUGGAAAAACGUGAACAGAGGCUGGGAACACGCAUUCCUCAAACAGACGUGGCAAGCUGUGGACUCUUUCGAUACGCCGUAUGAUUACAACAGCAUCAUGCACUACCGACUGAACGCUUUUUCGCGAUCAAGGAGAAGAAAAACAAUUAUACCCCUGAAGAAGGAUGCACACAAAGUCCGGCCCUAUAGAAAGAUAUCAAAGAUUGACGCGAUUCAGGUUAAAAGGAUGUACAAUUGUGAUGCUAAAAAUCAAAGACUUUUGAAUAAUUCAAGUCUUGAAGCUUUUAGACGAGCGAAAAGAGCCGUUGGCGGAGGAGGAUUGGUAACAAUCAGAGGAUCCAGUCUCCGCUCAAAAGAAGAGACAGAGAAAAAGAAAAAGACGACGAAAGAUCUAAACUGUAAAGAUACAAGUACAGCCUGUCCUUACUGGGCCCAGAAAGGUUUCUGCGAGGCACGGCAGGACAUCAAACUCACGCAUUGCAGGUUAAGCUGUAACGCCUGUGAUGAAGCAAUUGAGGUUAGACCAUCAGAAAAACCUGACGGUGAAUGUGUAGAUAGAAAUGACGCUUGUGAACUCUGGGUAAAAAGCGGAUAUUGUGAAAGUCGACCAGACAUAAUGCGCGUGGAAUGUAGGAAAAGCUGUCGCAUCUGUACUGACGAGAAAUGUAUCGACAUGGAUCCACGUUGCCGUGCCUGGUCCAGGUGGAAAUAUUGCACCGAUAAGGCAUAUAAGAACGUUAUGAUGCAGGCGUGCAGGAGAAGCUGUGGAUUUUGCGUGGCUGAAACCCAUGACUGCAGGGAUCGUUUGAAAUAUCGCUGCAAAAGGCUAAAAGACGAAGGAUACUGCGAAUCAAAGAAACCAAACGAGCGAAACUCCAUGAGAAAUAUGUGCGCUUUGACCUGCAACUUUUGUUACAAAGAUGUAACCGUGGCAAAAACAAAACCGGCAAGAAGACCUCCUUGUGUGGACACAAUGAAAGCCUGUUUCGGCUGGUCAAGGCUUGGUUACUGUUUCGCUGACCACAGAGAGAGUUUCAUGCAAGAGUACUGCAAAAGGAGUUGUAACCUGUGUUCUAGCAUGAGUCCAGAUCACACAACUGAAAAAUGUUUAGAUAAUGACAUCAUGUGUGAAGAACUGAAGGGCCGCGGAUACUGUGAACAGGCGGACAAGAAAAAAUACAUGGCGUUUCAUUGUAAGAGAACUUGUAAACUGUGUAAUAGAAAAGAAGAGAUGCCAGCACCAUGCAAGGACAAGCAUAAAUCCUGUAACGCUUGGGCAGCAAGGGGUGGCUGUCACGUUAGAGCACUGUACAUGAUGAAAUAUUGCAAACGGACCUGCAACCUCUGCCGAUCGAUCGGAUUGUACCAGAUAAAGCCCACGCUUCAAAAUUCGCCAUGCAUUGACAAGUACCCUUACUGCCCCAGAUUGACUGAAAAAGGCUAUUGUAACCUUUUUUCUAAAUUCAUGUACAAGAAAUGCCCACUGAGCUGUGAAGCUUGUUACCCAGAGGUUGAUAAAAAAUUGGCAGAGAAAUGUAAAAAUAAGAUGGAUGAUGCUAACUGUGAGCAUUGGGCUGGACUCGGCUACUGUCAAAGCAGGGCUGACUUCAUGACUGACAAGUGUCAACAUGCCUGCAAUUCAUGCCCUAAAGAACCUGUUAAAACUCGACCAGCUAAACCUAAAGGUAUAAGGUGUCAUGACCCUUGCAAAAAAUGGCUCGAGCGAGGACAGUGCACGACUAGAUGGCGAAGACGUUGUAUUAGGACGUGUUUAACUUUAGGAUGUGACGAGGAACCCGUGAGGCCAGAAGGAACUUGUUCUGAACCCCUUGGAGUAGGAUGGGAUAACACUCUGCCAGACAGUGCCUUUAACGCAUCAUCGAGUCUCUUCACACGUCCAUGGGACUUUGGUCCAUAUAAUGGAAGACUCUAUCUACAGGACGAUCGCAUCAGAAAGAGGAUUGGUGGCUGGUGUGCGAGACACAAGAACCAUAAUCAGUGGUUACAGGUGGAUCUUGGAAAGAUAAAGUCCGUAACAGCUGUUGCCACUCAAGGUCGAGACAAAUAUUACGAGCACGUUAAAUCCUAUGAGCUGGCAUUUAGCAAGGACGGAGUGCGAUGGAAUCGUUACAAGGAAAACGGAAGAGUUCGGGUAUUACCGGGAAACUGUGACAACUUUACCCCAGUGAUCAACAAGUUGAUCCGGCCCGUUCAGGCCAGGUUUGUCCGGUUUUAUCCCAGAACUUACAACAAUAUAUGUAUGAGAGUCGAAGUGUACGGAUGUAGCAGGCAAAAAGGUUAUGAAAUGAAGAGAGGACGUUAGGAACGCUAGCUUCCGUGUUUAAGAUGGCAAGACUGGACAACAGGGAGAAGCCACCGGAAGCUUCCGUGUUUGGACUGUGAAGCCUGGUUAACAGCCUCCGGAACUUUUAGUUACAUGAAGCAAGCAGUACAAUGGGAAACGCUUCUGCUGUUAGAUAAUAGGUUUGCAGAUGGAAAAGGCGGGGAAAUUAUGCAGCAGUUUGCAGAAUUAGCUACGCUUGAAGCGCUAGUUUUGAAAGUGGCUUGGGUAAAGCAUCAAACUUCACAUUUAGGUAAUGAGUUUGAUAUGCAAAUGAUUGAAACGAUUUUGCUUAGAUAUCAUGUGUCGAACCUCGGACGACCCAUGAAAUGUUUUAGUGUUUUAGCUGAGCCUCAAACAAUAAUGGGAGUGAUUAGGGAAAAGCAACAAUCAAGAGGAUCACCUAAUUCCUCUGAUAGCAUAUAACAACCGUUGUAACUUAAGU